AUGCGACGUCACCUUCCGCCUCCGCUUCUUCGCCCUCUCCUCCUCUUGCCUCGCCUCGGCUCCACUCUGCUCCGCUCGGCUCGGGUCGGCUCGCUCUCCUUCAUCCGCAUUGGUUGGCGAUUUCGACUAUUUGACAGUUUGCCACGGCUCCUUUCCUCCAACUGUUCUGCCUCCCUCGUUGCUCACGAUGGAUGCACUGCUGGUCAAUAUGGUGGAAUGAAACUGACGAAACGCAGGAAGGCCAUCACCUUCGUAGCUGGUUUUUCUGGCGACCUCUUCUUUCUCCCCUUCCCCACUCAUUUAUCUCUUCUUCCGCAUCUACAUCCAUAUAUGCAGUCUUGUGGCAGCUACUCUGCCGCACGUCUUCUUCGCUUUAGUACGGGCGGAGUGGCCAUCUUACUUGACACUAGCAGCAUGACCUUGAUGGAGCUUCGGAGACUUACCAUUAAUGAGGACGUUGAAUGGGGUGGUCAGAGUGUAUCCAUUGGUUUUAGUCAUUUUGAAGCCUUUUACUCCAUUUAG